GAUGGCUGGAGCAAUGGACCAUUGUGUAGUUUUCACACUGAUCACUGCAGUGGUGUUCAGUCUUUGUCAAACUGCCCCAUCUUCAAGUCAGGAUGUCACCGUUGAGGAUCAAGAAAAAGCAAAGCACUACCUGUCCCAGUUCUUUCCAGUUGUUGGAUCCAGCGGUUCAAAAGGCAGAGGAAUAGGACCGACCAACUUUACGGAGAGGCUUCAAUCAAUGCAGGAAUUCUUUGGCCUGGAGGUGACUGGGAAACUGGACUCCAACACUCUGGAGUUGAUGAGCAAGCCGCGCUGUGGGGUCUCUGACGUCAGCAGAUACCAACACUUUUCGGGAAGCCCUAAAUGGGAGAAGAGCAAGGUUACAUAUAGAAUAACCCAGUACACACGACACCUGAACCAGAAGGAGGUGGAUGCCACCAUCUCCCAGGCAUUCAAGCUGUACAGUGAUGUAAUUCCUUUGGACUUCCAGCAAAUCAACAGUGGCACAGCAGACAUCAUGAUCCUGUUUAAAGGAGGAUAUCAUGGCGACUCCUCUCCCUUCGAUGGUCCCAGUGGAGUUCUGGCCCAUGCCAUGUCUCCUGGGCAGGGUGUAGGUGGAGACACACACUUUGACGAUGAUGAGAAAUGGACCCUGACCCAGAGAGGAAUUAAUCUGCUGUUGGUGGCUGCCCAUGAGUUUGGCCAUGCUCUAGGUCUGGACCAUUCAAGAGACCGCACUGCUCUGAUGUACCCCAACUAUAAAUAUGUGGACACAAGAGGGUACAAGCUACCACGAGAUGACAGACUGGGAGUCCAAGCUUUAUAUGGUGUUCGGACUCCCAAACCUAAGCCGGAGCCCACACCAAAUCUUAAACCAGAGCCCACGCCGGGGCCUAAACCAAAGCCCACGCCGGAGCCUAAACCAGGGCCCAAACCAGAACAGUGUGACCCAGACCUGGUUUUUGAUGCUGCUACCAGCAUUAUGGAUGCACUUUACUUCUUCAAAGAUGGGUACUACUGGAAGAGAAAUAGCUACUAUGAAGACAUCAGUUUGAACACUGUGAAGUCCACUUGGCCUCCUAUUUCUUCUGUGGAUGCUGCAUAUGAAUACAGAAGGAAAAAUGUAGCCUUUCUUUUCAGUGGUGGCCAGUACUGGGGAGUCAGAGGGGAAACCAUUCUCCCUAGCUAUCCCAAGCCCAUUUCUAAAUUUGGCUUCCCCUCAUCGGUGACUAAAAUAGACUCAGCACUCCACGUGCCAUGGUCGGGAAGAACCCUCUUUUUUGUUCAAAACAAAUACUGGAGCUUUAAUGAAAGGAGAGGCAGAAUGGACCGUGGAUAUCCCAGAUACAUCGCUAAGGAUUUCCGUGGAAUUGGUUCAAAGGUGGAUGCUGCCUUUGAGUUCUAUGGAUUCUUAUAUUUGUCUGAGGGGGCCAAGCAGAGUGCGUACAACUAUCGCUUUAGGAGGCUGGAGCCUGGUUAUUUGAACAAUGAAUGGUUAGACUGCAACAAUCAGGCUGAUUAUCAGUACUCUUAAGCUAUGUAUGUAUUCUGAUGAACAAUAUUAUGAUUAAUAAAACAAAAUAAGUUGUACUGUGACUAUAAAUGGAAUCAGACAUCCAAUAAAGAUGUUUUUCCAACAACAAA